AUGCAAAUAAUUUUCAAUGUUUGCACAGAAUGUUUAGCUGAACUUUCAAAAUCUAUUACUAAUGAUGAAAAAACAAUUGAAGAUCAUAGAAAUAUUGAACGUAUUAUAUCUAAAUUGAAACAGUUGCAAAAUUCGUUGGGUAAUCUAUGGGCAAGAAUGAUCACGUGUUUUGGUAGAGAUUCAGUUGAUGUUGGUUUAUACCACGUUGAAGCAGACGAGUAUUUUCACCCAACUCUAUUUUAUCCAAAUGUUCCUUAUUUAGUGAAAUUCUAUCAAUGGUCAGUUUACGAUGUGAGUCGAAAAAUUGUUUGCUGUUAUUUGCUCGAGACAACUACACUUCCAAAUAGACCGCCAAAUUAUUUUCUCGCUCUUCUAAUCAUCAGGUCAUAA